AUAUGAUUGGUUAAGCGGAUUCUAUUUAAUCACUAAACUACUGCACAUCAACUUAACUUGUUUCGGUCUGUGGUCUGUAUUAUUAAAUUUUUAGAAUAGGACAAAUAGCUAUGAACUUAUUAAUAAUAACAAUGCGAAGAUUUCUAAGAUGUACAAAGAGGUCAUCUUUGCAGAAGUUGCUAAUUUUGACGGGUGUAGCGCUGAUACUGCUAACAUUUAUAAACGUGAGAACGACAGAGGAGCUGUUACGCCAGAGUUGUAACCCAUACUAUGGUGAUAGAUCACAGGACAAAAAAUUAACCAGGAAACAGAAUACAGGCUCCGACAAACAUUCAUCAGUUGUUGAUAGAUUUAUACAGAGAAAGCAACAUUUAAAAGAUAAAUGCAGCAUUAUAUCUCUUGAUACUGUGGCAUCAGAAGUAGCUGUAAAACAACACCUGAUAAUUGACGAUAAAUAUAAAUUAGUGUAUUGUACAAUUGAAAAGAACGGAUGUACAUUUUGGAAAAGAGUGUUCCAGAUAUUAAAUGGUUUUAAAAACGUUACGGACCCUUUACAAACACGUGGGGUGGCUGCAUAUGAAGGUUACAAAACGGCAGAAAAGAUGCCCUUUUACGAAUUAAGUAACAUCCUAUCAUAUUCUAUAAAAUUCAUCUUUGUACGAGAACCUUACGAACGUCUUCUAUCAGGAUACGUUGACAAAUUAUUUUUACCCUGCGCGCCAUAUUGGUUUGAAUUAGGAAGAUUUAUAGUAAAGAGUUUUAGACAAAAUGGCGGGUCGUCUGCGUCGAGUUGUGGUGAUGACGUCACGUUCGAAGAAUUUGUCCGGUACUACCUAUACUCUUACAAAACCAAUACUAAAAGGGACGUCCACUUUUCUCACAAUUACGAACAUUGUAGACCAUGUGAAAUUGACUAUGACUACAUAGCAAAACUGGAAAAUUUCAAAGAGGACACUUUGUUUAUACUGAAAGAAAUGGGACUUAAUAACACUGUUCAAAUAAAGAAUUUUGAGAAAGAAACUGAACGUGAUGCCAUAAUGGAUGAAAUCGAUUGGGGCUUUUAUGUUUAUGAAAGUGCCGACAAAUGCAUAACGAAAUAUAAGACACUCCUAAGGAUUUACAAAAAGUUGCAAAUACGAGGAAUAAUAAGUAAAGAUGUUCCGUUUCCUUUUUCAAAUAAGUCAGUAGAGACAGUUCAUAUUGAUGAAUACAAAGAAGCCUUACUCAAUGCACAUGCUCAGUCCGGGACAAGAGAAAAGAGAAAGUUAAACAGAAAAGAAGCAUUUCUCGAGGCGUACUCUACUCUACCACAUGAAUUGCGUACGGAACUACAAAAAGAGUUGAGUGCAGAUGCAGAACUGUUUGGCUAUGCGACAUAUCCUGAAACUCUUAAAGUCGCAGAAUCGUAUGUACCGAAAUUCCGUUACUUCGAUAUAAGUGAAUGCUCUUAACAAAAACGAUCAACUGUGACGUGGUUACUGACAUUUUCUUUUCUCCAUUUCGAGAAAAACAAUAUCAUUUGAAUUAUAGACUCCUAUAAAAAUUAAAAGGAAACAAUC